UUUGCACAUGUUAGCUCAGCUGUUAGCCGCAGAGACACAAAAUGGAGUCUUCACAUCCUGCUUAAAACAUGUUAAACAAUAUAAAAUAAAUCAUCAUGUUAUUAGUUUGUUAUAACACUAAAAAAGUCAUGACAUUAAAUCAAAAUGCGAGCUUUAAACACAACGUGACCUCCAGUUAAAACAAGAAAAACACAAAUUAUUAUAAAUAAAAGAGAAAUAUACUAUUAUAUAUAAGUUUAUUUGCUUCUUAUAAUUAGAUUUUAAUCACUUUAUAUCAGUGGUAAUAACGUCUUGUAUUGAUUUCCCCUGUUUGAGUUUGAGAGACAAAAACAAAAGUCGCUUUAAAAAACUCAAAUUUAAAGAGUUUAAAGCUGAUCUGUUAAUUUUUUACCUAAUAAACAUUAAUUUUUAAUUGUUUUAAACAUUAUUAAGGUCUAUUCUAUAAUUCGGCUUCAUUAUAACAUGAGUAUUAAUAUCAGCUGGAGCAUGAUGCCAACUUAAAGUCUUCUUAAAUUAAGUGUUUUCUUUAAUCUAGAUCUGGUUUAAUGUUGUCUGGAUGGAUUAAUAUCAGCUGAAAUAUACUGAAACCUUCACUUAAUAAUAAAAUACAAGUUAUAAUAUAAAUAUAUGAUGAUUUGUUAGUUUAUUUGCUUCUUCAAACAAGAGAUUUUAACCAUUUCAUCGAAGCAGCAGAGAGACCAAAACAAAACUCGCUUUAAAAAAACUCAAAUUUAAAGAGUUAAAGCUGGUUUGUAAAGUUUUACCUAAUUAAACAUUAUGUUUUAAUUGUUUUAAACAUUAUUAGGGUUUAUUCUUUAAUUCGGCUUCUUUAUAAACUUGCUGACAACUUUAAUUUUCCUUUUAUUCGUGUUUUUUUGAUGAUGAGGUUCUUGUCUAAUGUUGUCUGGAUGGAUGAAUAUCAGCUGAAACUUCCACUUAAAUAAUAAAAUACAAGUUAUAAGAGAAAUCUACGAUGAUAUUUUAGUUUAUUUGCUUCUUUAAAUCAUAUUUUAAUCACUUUAUCACCAUGGCAAUAACAUCUUAUAUUAAUGUUUCACUGUUUAAGAGACCAAAACAAAACUCGCUUUAAAGAAACCUCAAAUUUAAAGAGUUUUAAGCUGAUUUUUACAUUUUUACCUGAUUUAAACUUAAUUUUUAAUUGUUUUAAACAUUAUUAGAGUCUACUGUAUAAUUCGGCUCCUUUUUAAAUACAUUUUAAUCACUUUAUGACAGAGGAGAUAACAUCUUUGAGAGGCCAAAACAACACUCGCUUUAAAAAAAACCUCAUAUUUAAAGAGUUUAAAGCUGAUCUGCAAGUUUUUACCUAAUUAAAUAUAAAUUUUUAAUUGUAUUACACUUUAUUAAGGUCUAAUGUAUAAUUCGGCUUCAUUAUAAACAUGCUGACAACUUUAAUUAUCCUUUUUAUUACGUGGUUUAUUGCAGGCUGGGUGCACUCAGUGAACCUCAUGGAGAAAGUGUGUGCGCGUGCGUGUGUGUGUGUCACGUUCACUGCAGGUUAAUAUUACACAGACUUAUCAUCAGCUGCACACUGUGUCCUCUCUGUGUGUUAAUAACUAAAUAUACACAGCAUGUUUUAUGGUUGCACCGCUGUGGAGCUCGCACCGACCCUUCCUCUCCGCCCUCCCCGCCUGUGAGGACGUGCAACCCGGCCAGCAGCCAUGGCGGACAGGCGGGGGCUCGUUUCCGCAUUCCUCAGAUAGAGAACAAACACGCGCGUGCAAACCUGUUUUAUUUGGUAUGAAUGUUGAAGCAGAGGAAGCGUCGUGUUUUAACCAGGAUCAGUUUUACAGCAGCUGCAGGAUGCUGUCGGCGGAGGCGAGCGGGCUGAAGCAGUGUCUGCUGGCUCAGGAUCAGCUGGAAGGAGCCGUCAGCAGCGUGAUGAAGGCGGAGCAGCAGCUGAGAGACAACGCCAGAGAGGUGCGUGCCGAGCUGCAGAGCUGUGUGAGUCGCCAGCAGGAGGCGCUGCGCUGCAGAGAGGUUUGGUUGCUGAGUCAGAUCGAGCUGCUGGAACAACUGAAGACUGAAACUCUGCAGCAGCAACUGCACCGACUGCACUGGCUCCGCGGUCAGUUUGACGUCAUCUCUCAGCAGCUGCAGAACUCAAACAGCAACGACCUGAACAACCAGCUCACCAGCUGCAUGGAGAAGUUGUCCUCUCUGAGUCUGACACCAGAGGAAACACCUGAGAUGAGUUUCCAAGCCGACACUCGAUCACUGAGGCAAGCCAUCACCUCGUUUGGCAACGUCAGCGCUCAGCUGGUGGAGGAAGUGUCCUCUCAGAGUCCCGCCCACCAGAGAGCUCAGGUGCAGAGUUGUCCAAUCGCUGCCAAGAAACAGAAGAUGGAGGUCGGCGCUCUGGAUGACUGGCUGCUGGGAACCCGUCCAGCAAGCAGCGCUCCCAUUGGCUAUCAGUCUAGCAAGAACCCCGAGGAUUGGCUGAUGUCACACAGAGAGAGCAAGACUUCCUGUCCCGUCCUGGCCUCGGUGGACUUCCUGAAGGCUUGGGGUCAGCUGAGGGAUUUGGAGUCGUGGCUCCUGCAGGAUCGCUCCUCCACCAGCAGGGAGCGCUCCGUCAGCACCUGCAGCUCCUCCUUCUCCAUCGAGAAGAUCGACGAAUCAGAGUUCACCGAGACCAUCGACGACGAGGAGGAGGAGGAGGAGCUGGGCGACUGGCUCAUCACCCCGCCCACUGUCGCCAUGGAGACGGCCUGCGACGCCGAGCGGUGGCGGCGGGUGCUGAAGCCGUUUGAGGACAGCUGGGCGAGCAGCGAUUGGCUGGUGGAGUCGAGCCGGCCCGCCGCCGACUGCUCCUCCUGCUGCCAGACCAGCCGACCCCUGGAGAUAGAGAACCUGGGGCUGCUCAAGUGCCUGAAGACCCCCCCUGCCUCCACCCCCGUCUCCCCGGCAACCACCCCGGCGACCCCGGCCCCGGCGACCGCGGCCCCAGCAACCGCCCUGGAGGCAUGGCUGCAGCAGGAGGCGCCGCUCCAGCAGAACUGCCGGGCCAACGAGGUCUGCUCCAGCUACUCCGACUGCGUCUGCGAUGAGAACUGUGGGAAAGAAGCUCUGACCCGCUGGCUGCUCCGACAGGAUGGGAGGGACAAGAACGGCGUCCCUGUUGCCAAGAACGCCCCCCCCACCCCCACCGCCAAAAACACCCCGCCCCCCCUGCACCACAGAGACCAGGAACAGAAGGUUCAGGCCAUCCUGGAGGCCUGGCUGCACCCCACCAACACCUCCUGCAGGAGUCCUCUGCAGACCCUCGGCUCCUCUCUGUCCGGCUGGGUGGCUCCUGAGGAGGAGAAGGCCAGCAGGGAGGAGCACAGCUCUCAGUUCAAGCCUCCCUCCUCCUCCCUGUUCCAGCUGCCUCUGGAUCCAGAGCUCUGGGUGCUUCCAGAGAAGAGCUGCAGUACUGCUCCGAGCUCAGUGGCUCCGUCCAGCCCGGCCGAGGAAGAGGAGGAUAAAUGGCUGCUGAGGAAGAGGAGUCAGGCUCAGGAGCGGAUGGCCUCCGUCUGUGAUUUGUUCUCGUGUAUGAAAGUGGGCGGAGACAAAGAGAAAUGGCUCCACAAGGCUCCCAUACAGAUGUGAUGAAGACGAACGCUCUGAUUCGUCCGGAUGUUUCUUCUUCUCUCCGUCACUUUAUCGCUGAUCAGCGCACACGAUGACAUCAUCAUCACCGCCUUCUUCCUGUGACAUCACCGCCGCUCACCUCCAAUCAGGAUCAGGGACAGCCAAACGAGGGCGGAGCUAAUUAGUUAAUUAAAUGUAUCUCGCUAAGAAUGAUUAACAGCUCCCAGCAUGCAGUUUGUAACAGCUGAUCCUGACAGGAAGUGAGGGGGCGGAGUCACGUGGGUGGGCGGGGCUAAUGUUAGCUAAAGUAGCUUUUUAUUUUAAUCAAAUGUAUUUUAAUCUUUAAUCAUUUAACGCUCGUUCCUGAUUGGUGGAAUUUCCCUCCAUUGUUUUUUUUUUCCCCUCCUUUUUUCUCUGAAGCGUCUGAUUGGUUGGUUUUCUCCCAUGCUCACCUGCAGAGUUCUACUACCUGUCCAGGCUGCCGGCUGCUCGCAUCACUUCCUGUUGCCUCUCAGCUGAUUCAGAUUUUUUUUGUGACAGUCACUUCCUGUUUCCUGUAUUUUAUUUUAUUUAUCUGAAAGUUUGUAGAAAGAUACCACAUUUCCCAGAAUGCCUUGCGCGGAGGCAGCCGGCAGCCCGGUCACAUGACUCUGCAGGUCAGCUGUGAUUGGUGCUUUAUUUUGAAGGGGGGGCGGGGCUUCUAUCAUAUAGAGCUGUGAUGUCAUCAGUACUCACCUUCUGCUGUGAUUCUCUACAGUAAUAAAAAACUAUGACAUAA